AUGUCCGCUCCACCGUCUCCUCUGGACGAGAAGCAGCUCGAGGCUUCGUCCAGCGCCAACGAAUUCAAUGUGGCUCCCAACGACUCCGGUCGUCUCCACGCCCUCGAACAAUUGGAGAUCAUUCCGCAGAUGCUCCGAGAGGGCAUUUUGUUUGCCGGCUCUGGUGCCGCUCUCCUGCUGCAGGCUGCAUUACCUGCGAUCCGUGAAACCGAAGCCCCUAACCAGGGUCAUAAAGCGCUGGCCACUGAGCUCAUCGACGCGCUCCAAGCCCAUAUCAGCUACAUUUCGACUCUAGUCUUUGGAACUCGCGCCGAGCGCAAGGCCUUACUGGACCUUUUGCAGCAAGGCGAUGCCCCCGGGCUGGGCGGUGGCCGUAAUAACCGGUUUACCCACCACCCGGAGCUGCAGCUAUGGAUGGCGGCCACCCUGUAUGCCACCGCGACCGACUUCUACCAGCGCGUCUACGGCCGCGUCGAUUAUCAGACCGCCCAACGCGCCUACUCAGAGUUCACCCUCCUCAUCAGCUACCUCGGCGUGCCUGCCGGUACCUGGCCGGACUCACGUCAGGCCUUCUGGACCUACUGGGACGACCAGGUCGGCAAGCUGACCGUCUCGACCGAUGCCGCCCAGUUCGCCAAGGAUCUGCGUGAGAGUACCGAGCUGCCCGGCUGGGUGCAGAGGAUUCAGCCGUUCCUGCGUGCUGUCACCAUUGAGAUGCUCCCACCCAAGCUGCGGGAUGCAUAUGGUUUGCGCUCGUCAGCCUCCACUCGCGCCCUCUAUCGCACGUGGAUGGGCUUCUCGGUGGCCGUCUACCCUGCCAUGCCAAAUAAAUGGCGUUCUUUUCCGCUGAAAUAUUAUAAGGAUCGCCUGCGCGAUAAGUUGAAUGUGGUUUGA